AUGGCUCAGUCAAUCAACGAUGCAAGAUGCACUCGACGAAUAACGAGCCAAGUAAGGAAAAUCGUAUUGAAUAUCUACAAGUAUCUCCGAUAUCAAGAUGUACAACAAAGUGAAACUGACAUCGAGCUAAGGACUGCCUCUGUUACGGGGAUCUCCGUUCGAUCUCUUCACAGAAUAAAACAGCAACACAGAGUUGGUGUAAUAAAAUCUCCACCUUCUAGGACCAGGAUAUCGCCAGUGAUGGGAACGGUGGAUGAUUUUGAUAAGGACUGUAUACGACGAGAGGUACUCGCUUUCUAUGAGAGGGGUGAAAUUCCAACCGUGAACGCUCUGCUGAAAAGGGUGAAGAAACCACCUGUUAGAUUCUCUGGCGCCUAUUCUUCACUCCACAAGAUUGUGAAACAACUUGGGUUUCGUUUUAAGAAAGUACAAAGUGGCAGAUGCAUUUUAAUGGAAAGAAAUGAUCUUGUUGUUGCAAGAAACAAAUACCUGAGACUCAUUGCUGAAAACAGAAAAUCCAGCAGCCCAAGGCCAGAAAUAUAUUUAGACGAAACUUGGGUAAACCAAAACGAGUGUUGGACAAUGGCUGAUGGAUCUGUAGACCCAAAACUGAAAACCGGGAAAGGAGCUAGAUAUAUUAUUCUGCAUGCUGGUGGGGAAGAUGGAUUUGUACCUGGGGCUUUUUUAUUUUUUAGAUCAAGCAAUGGUAAUAAGGGGGAUUACCAUGACAGCAUUAAUCACACAUGCUUCCAGUCUUGGUUCCAGACACAGUUACUCCCAAACAUUCCAGCUCAUUCUCUCAUAGUGAUGGAUAAUGCAUCAUAUCAUUCUCAAAUUUUAAAUAAAGCACCAGCCAGUAAUUCCAAGAAAUGUGAAAUUAUCCAGUGGCUAACAGAACACAAUAUUGCUCAUGACCCAUCCCAUACAAAAUUUGAACUUCUUAGUCUUGUCAAAUCACACAAAAAUAAGCAGGUAUAUGAAGUUGACCAAAUAGCCUGUGAUGCUGGUCAUGAAGUACUUAGACUUCCCCUUUAUCAUUGUCAGCUUAACCCCAUAGAAUUAAUUUGGGCUAAAGUAAAGACUGAAGUGAAAAAGUACGAUUCAAAUACCAACCAGACGUUAAAAGGGGUUGAAGAAAUAACUAAGAGUGCAAUAGACAGAGUAACUUCACAAGACUGGAAGAAAUGUAUAUGUCAUACAAGACUGGUAGAAGAUGAGUAUAGAAGGAAAGACAUUGCUCUUGAACAUCUAACAGACAAUUUGGUGAUAAACACCGAUGAUGACAGUAGUGAAUCUGACAAUGAUGAAUGA